AUGCUUAAAAAGUGGCUAAGAAAUGGCAUAAAAAGCGAUAUUGAGCCACUGCUGGGAAAGGUUGGCGGAUCGGAAAAAUCAGAGUGGUCCACAAAAAAAGAGGAACACGCUUGCAAGACUGCUGAACACGACAGCAAAGCUUCUGGCCUCGCCCUCCACAAGGAAAUGACCGAGUCCCACGCCGAAUCCUCGAAGAAAGUUGUGGAGGAGGAGAAAGAAAAAGAAGAGGGUUAUCAGACGAGAGUUAGAUUCCUGCGCAAAAUGUUGGCCGGCAUCGAGAAGGAAAUGUUUGGCGACGAAUAACAACCAUAUGCACUCCCGGAAAAGUGUUACCUACCGUGCAAUCGUCGAAUAUUAUGCAUGCGUGACGGGGGGGGGGCGGGGGGGGGUUUUAUUUUUAUCGUUGGGCAUGGUUGAGUCAACGUCUUCGUUUCGUCGCAGCAUUGAGGAUACGUGCGCCUCCGCAGAGACGUGUGGGUUGUUUGGUUGGCAACAACACUUUGAGAGGAUGCCUUGCGGCAACAAAGGAGUAUCAACGAAAAAAUACGGUGGAAGAACGCCGAGACCGUUGUGGUUCACGGGCAAGUUGCUGUGCCUGUAUUCAACGAACACGAGGGCACGCUUUUUGUUUUUCUCUCCCUGCUGCAGGGCUUGCUUGCUGCGAGGGUCGUAGCCUUCUAUUUUUUUUUGGGCCAGGGGGGGGAGGUUUCAUUUUUAUAGUUGGGCAUGGUUGAGUCAACGUCUUCGUCUUUUCGUAGCAUCAUUUUUUUUAGGAUACGUGCGCCUCCGCAGAGGCGUGUAGGUUGUUUGGUUGGCAACAACACUUUGAGAGGAUGCCUUGCGGCAACAAAGGAGUAUCAACGAAAAAAUACGGUGGAAGAACGCCGAAGACAUUGCUGUCUUGCGGGUAACCUGCCGUGCCGGCAAUCUGCGGACAUGCAUAUCGUUUGGUGUUUUCCUAUUUGCAAGACUUGUUCUUGCAACCCAAUACUACGUUGGGUGUUGGCGGGAACUCUGAGGCACGCUUGGGUUCCGCAAAUUUGGAGCCUUGCAAUUUUUCCCGUCUCCGCGCAUGCUCACUUGAAGCGCAGGAAUGUGUUCGCGAUGGGAUUCGACAAGACCCCAAUUUUUAGCGUGUGUGUGGGUCUCCUUCAGGUCUGCAACCUGGAGCAAUGUUUCACCCACGCGACGAAUAUUUAAUGCAGGGAUGCAGAGACAUCAUUAAAAGUUGUAUCAACGACAACAACGUUUUCGAUUCACACUCUCCUAAUUAGGAAAAAAAAAAGUCGAACAUGCCCACACUUUUAAUGCCCUAGGUAAAACAAGCACCCUCCGAGACCUACCGGACCCCGCUUUCAUCCGCACACGAUGCAUGUUAACCAUAAAGUGUUGCCGGCAUGAACACACACAUUACGAACCAAGUGUACCCGGACACAUCUGGUCAGAACGCUCCACACCGACACCCACAAAACAUGUCAGCGAGAAUCAACAUGUCACACAUCACACCCCCCACCUCUCCCCGGGAUGCGCCGACACCCUAGCACUAACACCCAAAACACGUUGUUCCAGCGCCCUCCGCCCUCUACAUUGAGGUACCUCCCUCCCGCGCCCCUCCCUCCCGCGCCGCUAUCGUCCCUUUCACGCGUCUCGUCAUCCCGUGGAAACUAGCCUACUUCUGCCGCCAUCCGCUCAUGUAGCCCCUAACCCCC